CUGACCCUAAAGUCAACUAGUCAUGGCGUCUUGCUUGUUAGCUGGCGAGCGGCUUGUACGCGCUGUGGGCCCCGGUGGGGAGCUGGAGCCAGAGCAGCUGCCUGGGAAGCUGCGGGCAGAGCUUGAGGCCGCGCUAGGGAAGAAGCACAAGGGGGGCAAUCGCCCUGCUGGCCCCGCUCGUCUGGUUUCUUUCCGCCUGAUCCGGGAUCUGCAUCAGUACCUGAGAGAAAGGGGUUCCACACUAUACCUUCAUGAGCUCCUAGAAGGCAGUGAAAUCUAUCUCCCAGAGGUUGUGAAGCCUCCUCGGAACCCAGAGCUAGUUGCCCGUCUGGAGAAGAUUAAGAUACAGCUGGCCAAUGAGGAAUAUAAGCGAAUCACCCGCAAUGUCACCUGUCAGGAUUCAAGGCAUGGUGGAACCCUCAGUGACCUGGGAAAGCAAGUGAGGUCAGUGAAGGCUCUGGUCGUCACCAUCUUCAACUUCAUUGUCACGGUGGCAGCUGCCUUCAUCUGCACUUACCUUGGGAGCCAGUAUAUCUUCACAGAAAUGACCUCGCGGGUACUGGCUGCAUUGAUCGUGGCCUCUGUGGUGGGUCUAGCCGAGCUAUACGUCAUGGUGCGGGUGAUGGAAGGCGAGUUGGGAGAGCCGUAACUGUGCUUCAUCAUCGAAGUCUGGAGACUCCAGGCUCCCGGCUGCCAGUCACUGAUUCUCUCAGUCAACCCAUCAGGCUCUUUGGACUCAGCUCUGGUUAGUGAGAGCGCCCCAAGUCAAGGCCACCUGCUGUUCCUGCAGGGAGCCCCAUCCUCUGUCAGUUUACAGAGGGUCAGUAGAGGAGACUCAGACAACAACUGGAAAGAACUAGUCUGUCUAUACAUUCUCCUGAACCCUGGUGCCCAUCUGCCUUCUCCAGUCCUUUCUGGGCACUGCUGGGGCUGGUGUUUUUCCCCACUGGAAGUAAAGAGAAUCCAGACCUUUCCAGAAGUCAACCAUACUGCCUUGAACUUACUUGCCCAGGUGCACAAAUCAGUGGUCAUCCUUGUUCCACACAUCUUGGUGCAGACCUGUGAUUUGGAUCCAAAGACUCCAAGAAAGCAGAAGGGAUUCUCUUUCUGCAGUUUAUGCUGGAAGACAUCAAAUAAGAGAAAGCCGGUUGGUACAGGAUGGUGGAAUCGGAAGCAGGGCAGCUACAUUUUUGGAAUCUCAGUUUCUGUCUUCAUCUUCUUCCUUCUGCUUGUCUUGUUCAGAUUUUCUAUAUGCUUCUGCCUUUCUCCAUCACUCACCAGCACUCCUUAAACUUCCCACCUUCCCAUCACCCCUUGCUUUGCCUCCAAAAAUGAAAACAGUUCAGAUGGCAAAACAGUAUGUUUGCUUUUAAUUGCAAAAUCCCUUGUGCUUGUUUGCAUUUGUGGGGAGCGUAUGCCUACUGUGAAUUGUCUCAACUAAUAAAGGGAGACAAUCUUUGUAGACGGGAUUAUUUUCAGAUUUAACUAUAUGUAUAGUUAUAUCUAUGAAUAUGAGUAUACACAUCACAAUAUAUAUGUUGUGUGUACAUAUUGUUAUACAUAAGCCUAAUAUAGGUUAUUUUAUGUGAAUUCUUAAACAUGUUUGGGUAAGUGCAGAAAAAUAGAGUGUAAAAGUUCACAGUCGACUAAUUGUUUUACGUGGUUGCUUUUGGUCUUCACAACAAUCCCAGAGGUUGGAAAAAGAAGUGGUUUUAGGCCUCUUUUCCAGAAGACAAAACUGAGGCUGAGAGAGGUCAAAUGACCAACUACGGUCCUUCCUCUGUGAAGUGGAGCCAAAGACUCCUAGGCUGUUCUGAAGUCUCUGUGUAAUGUUAAACUUCUAGGAAUUUAGAUUAGUGGUGUAUUGAUAGAAUCUGUAUAAGACAUUUGGAAAUUAUAGCCGCAUUAUUAUUUACCCAAUAAAUAUUUAUUGUACCGAGCAUAUUCUUAGUUCAAAUCUUGUGACAACACGAAAGGCCAAAGAUUUCCAUAGUUGUGAGAAUUGGUCAGGGUCUGCUCCUAACGGUGGACUCUGUCUUUCUGUUUAUUCAGUGUAUGAGCUCCUGUGGUCUUUUUUUUCCCCCAGGACACUCCUCUGUUCUUAGAAAUUAUACACUUACUGGCUCAGUAGACGUUUUCUCUGCAGUAUUGCCAAUUUCUUGAAUUAUAGCAAGUCAGCCUCUCAGGGCAAUAUUCUACAUGAGAGAGAGGGAGGGCUUAGGCCCUUCUGUUACACCACAGAUCACUUUGUUGAGAAAUCUUAGGAUUUCUGUUGUUGAUUGGAAGAAAUAUCAACUGGGAGAAAAAAAAUGCAGGUGGCAUUUUACAAUGUUUCUAGCAACCCAGACUGUUUAAGAUUGAGUUAAAAAGCUACACUGAGUCACUCGUUGCUCCUGAUAAGCAAAGCCAAGCCAGAUUUUUAGAAUUCUAGUAGACGUCAUCCCUUCUCAAGUGGCUGGGUCUUGCACAUGGAGAGAGCUUUGAGCUUCAGACCAGUGUGUAUGCUAUGUGCUUAAAAAAUCCAUUUGAAUUAUUUGUUUUGGUCUAUAGUCCAUUCUCCACCUUUGACAAUACACCUCUGGGGUACAUGGGCAGAGAACGGAAAGAAAAAUAAGGAGGAAAAAAUCUACAGAUUUUAUUCCUGAUACAUCUAAAUCAGAACGGAGAACCACAGAAUUUUAAAACGCCACGGAAACAGAUUAGUUUUCCCAACAAAGCAGUUCACAAAGACCUAGUGUUCAGGAGGAUCAUCUGGCUCGCCCAGGGCCACAGAGCUUGUUAAAGCCACAGCUUGAACCCCUGGCCUUUUGGCUGUCAUGUCACCAUUCUUUCCAGUUAACACCAACCAGUCUCUUUUUAAAGGUAGAAAAUUGAUCAAAUUAAAGUACAUAUGAACUACUAACGUGGAGUGGGAACUCAUUCUCACCAUGCACUUAAUAAUUGAUAGCUCUUUUCUCUCUUCCUAACCUUCAUGCGUCUGAGGUUGAUAUGUUCAUUGUGUCUGAUGCAGUUCCUAAUUUUCUAUAUUCUUUCUUCUUUCUUUUCCUUCAUACUUAGGGUGCUUGAGGGAAAGUGGAGAAUACUGCCUAUACUUUUGUGGGGUCACUAUUAAGCUUUGGUAGUAGGGAGCCUGGCAACUCCUGUGCCGUAAGACAGACUUUGGGGGGUUAAACAGAUGGUCACCACUUUGCUCUUUGGCUUUAGUCAGUAAUGUGGAACCAUCCUCCAUUCUAGCUCUUCUUAGAGAAAAUGUAUUUCAUACGCUGACCUAAAGAUAUCUGGAGAGUUCUGAUGAUCUACAUCAGGGAUCAGGUAAAAGAGGUAUUUAAAAAAUAUGAAUCUAAAAAAAGCGUACAAACAAUGCUUUUAGGAAGUGAUUUAUCUCAGCCAUAAAAAAGAAUGAAAUAAUGCCAUUUGUAGCAACGUGGAUGGACCUAGAGAUGAUCAUACUAAGUGAAGUGAGUCAGAGAAAGACAAAUAUUAUAUAGUAUCACUUACGUGCGGAAUCUAAAAAAAAAUGAUAUAAAUGAACUUAUGUACAAAACAGAAACAGAUUCACAGACUUAAAAAACAACCUAUGGUUACCAAAGGGGAAAAGUGGGGGGGAGGGAUAAAUUAGGAGGUUGGAAAUAACACACACACUACUAUAUAUAAAAUAAUCAACAAGGACCUACUAUACAGCACAAGGAACUCUACUUAAUAUUCUGUAAUAACCUAUAUGGGAAAAGAAUCUGAAAAAUAAUAGAUAUGUGUAUAUGUCUAACUGAAUCACUUUGCUGUACACCUGAAACAAACAACAUUGUAAAUCAAUUAUACUCCAAUAUAAAAUACAAAAAAAUUUUUAAAGCAUCAAAACCAAAUAAAUAAAUGUUCAGUAGACUCCCCCCAAAAAAUAAAAGCUACCCACACACAAAAAAGUGAUUUAUCAAUAUGUCAGAGAUCUUUGAAAUACAUGCCAAUGUUCAUCUCAGAUUAUGUCUAAUAAUAAAAUUCUAUAUUGGA